CUGAGCAGGGCCAUGGAGGAGCAGGAGAAGGGCCAGUGCUGCCCAGGGGCUGGCGGAGGGCACCAGGCCCGCACCCAGGGGGGCGCCACCGAGAGCGAGAUCCAGAAGGCCGUGGAGUUCAAGGUGGACGGAAACCGCUGCUACAAGGAGAAGAAGUUCCGGGAGGCCAUUGGGAAAUACCACCGGGCCCUGCUGCAGCUCAAGGGAGUGCAGGGCCGGGCCGGGGCGGCCAGCCUGGAGCAGAACCUGCUGGACCCGCCGCGCUGCCCACUCACCGAGGAGCAACUGCGGCUGGUGGAGAGCACUGAGGUGGAGUGUUACGACAGCUUGACAGGUAGGUGCCGGCCUGCUGCAGCCGAGCUGGGGGGGUGA